AUGGCUGAAAGUACAUGCAACUCAUCCAGCACCGUCUUCCUCUACCGCUUCAUCAAAGACCCAAACUUGUUCUGCACGUCUCCGUUUGUGAACAAGAUUGAGGCACUCAUGGUCUUCUCUGGCAUCAAGGAUCUCCAGUUCAGGGCUGGCAACCCCUUGCAGGCCCCUCGACGAAUGCUUCCUUUCAUCGAACUCAACGGGCAGCAGAUCCCAGACUCGGAGCUCAUCUACGAGACUUUGAUAGAGCGAGGAAUUGUGCAAUGUCUCGACGAAAAGGCCGGGUUGGACGAUAGGGAGCGAGCAAUCUCAACUUCUAUUCGCUCGUUUGUGGAGAGAGAGUUGUACGAACUAAUUGUAUACGAGCGAUGGAUCGUAAACUACCAGCAAACCAAAGAAGCGUUUCUCGUCGACGUACCCGCUUUUCUUCGCUCACCUGUUGCCUAUUUCUUUGUAUGGCGUCCUAAUACGCAACGUUUCUGGCUCUCUGGUCUGUCACGACUGACGGACCAAGAGCGUGCAAGAGACACAAAGCGAUUCGUAGUGUCCGUCUCGACACUAGUUCCUCAAAAAGGUUACAUAAUGGGAAAGUCUGAACCGACUCGAGUAGACGCCACUAUAUGGGGUUUCCUCACUGGCGUCUACCGAGCUCCUCAACUCUGCCCAAAGAUUGCCGCAGAAGUGCACUCUUAUCCCCAUUUGGCCGAGUAUCACCGCUUGCUCUCACUCAAAUUUUGGCCAGAGCGCAAGCCCAUAGUGUAA